ACAUGAAAUUACGGAAAUCAGAAAUGGCUGCGAUAGGUAGUGGACGGGGAACUAUGGAUUCCCAAAAUCAAGUGCAAAGUGAUACUGUAGAUCGAUUAAAAUUGCUUUAUCCUAAUGUGAAUGAAGAAGAGACUCCUUUACCCCGUGCGUGGAGCACUAAAGAUAAGUUCAGCUACAUCGGACUGUCGCAAAAUAAUCUACGAGUGCAUUAUAAAGGUGGCACGCAGGGCCCGGGACGGAGACCCCACCUGCCAUACCUCCACUUACGCCUUUGGAUGUAUCGUCAUGGUAAGACUCACAGAGACGCGGCCAGCGUCAGGGCAACACAUCCGAUACCCGCCGCGUGUGGGCUCUACUACUUCGAGGUUAGAAUCGUAUCUAAAGGACGGGACGGGUACAUGGGGAUCGGACUGUCCGCACAUGGAGUCAACAUGAACAGAUUGCCCGGAGUUGGCCGCUUUCCUCCAGGGUGGGACAAGCAUUCCUACGGCUACCACGGAGACGACGGCCAUUCGUUUUGUUCUUCCGGUACCGGGCAGCCCUACGGACCCACGUUCACGACCGGAGACGUCAUCGGAUGUGGAGUCAACUUGGUCGACAACACUUGCUUCUACACCAAGAAUGGACAUCAUUUAGGAAUUGCUUUCAGAGGACUACCGCCAAAUUUAUAUCCGACAGUCGGGCUUCAGACGCCCGGCGAGGUGGUGGACACGAACUUCGGUCAGCAGCCGUUCGUUUUCGACAUCGAGGACAUGCUGAAGGAGCUGCGCGCCCGGACCAGGGUCGCCAUCGACGAGUUCCCGCUGCCCGACGAGCAGGGACAGUGGCAGCAGGUGUUGCACAGGAUGGUGUCGACGUACCUGGUGCACCACGGGUACUGCAGCACGGCGCAGGCCUUCUCCCGCGCCACCGGACAGCCCAUAGACGAGGAUAUAGCGUCUAUUAAAAACAGACAGAGGGUGUCGAAGCUGGUGCUGGCGGGGCGCGUGGGCGAGGCCGUGGAGACCACGAGGCGCCUGUGGCCCGGCCUGCUGGAGCGGGACCCCGACCUGCUGUUCCUGCUCAAGUGCAGGCAGUUCGUCGAGAUGGUCAACGGCACCGACUGCGAGGCGAGCGAGGACGGCGCCAACGGAGUGGCCACCUCCGUCAUCUCGCACACCGGCCGCCCGCACAAGCGCAGCAACGGCGUGGCGGCGGACGCGGCGGAGGAGGGCGGCGGGCGCGACGUGGACAUGGCGCCCGCAGCCAACGGUGACCACGAAGAUGAGGCGCUGCCGCUCGUGAAGGGGAUGCCGGGGGUGACGGCCAGCGUCGCCGCCCUGCUGCCGGACCGGUUCGAGGCGGACGCGAGCAGCCAGCGCGCCUCCGUGGAGAGGAUGCUGGCCUUCGGGCGCGAGCUGUACGCCAUGAGCCAGAAGCUGAGCCAGGACCUGUACCACAAGUCCAUGCUGGAGGACGCCUUCAGCCUGCUGGCCUACAGCAACCCGUGGGACAGUCCCGUGGGCUGGCAGCUGGAGCCGGUGCGCCGGGAGGCUGUCUGCGACGCGCUCAACUCCGCCAUACUCGAGUCCCAGGGCAUGCAGUGGUCGUCCCCCGUGGAGGCCUGCGUGUCGCACGCGCGCUCCCUGCUGCGCCGCAUGUCGCGCGCCGCCCUCGGGGCCUGCGCCUUCGCCGACCUGUCCGCCCUGCUCGCGCGCUGAGCCCCCGCUGAGCCCCCCGCCGAGCUCCCCAUCGAGCCUCCCACCGAGCCCCCCACUGAGCCCCACUCGGCUCACUGACAAUAACCUUAAUAAACAAGUGUUUAACCUCAACCUGACAAAACCAACGAUUAAUUAAGUUGGUCAUGCAAUAUUGAUUAAAUACAUAACCGUUAUGUAUAUGAGAAUAGACGUUCUAAUAAGUGUUAAGCUAUUCGUGAACAUCGUUAGGGGGGACAUCCGGGGGGCGGCCGGGGGACGGCAGGGGGACAGCCCGGGGACGGGUGGGGACGGGCGCGUCUUCCUUGUCUGACCAUUUAAUAUUAACAAAGCGUUUUGUACAGCCAUGAGGAUUUAAGUACGUGACACAUGUCACUUUGAAAACUACAAAGUUAUAGACGAAUUCAAACGAACAUAACUCGUAUUGUACAUACAAAUAAAGAUAAGAUUGCCGUGUACGCGACCCGCUUGAACGCACACGCAGGCCUGCAGCACUGUAUCGUUGGAGCCGUGCGUGUCGUGGCGCUCCUAUUGCGAUGGGAGUUAGUGUCAUUAUCGCGUGGCACCGACAAGUCGACUGAGAAACGUCUCGAGCGCCAGUUUAUACAAAUAAAUAUAUUAUGUGUGUUCAUGUAUUUUUAAUUAUCGUAUUUUACACGUCUCUCGAUGCGGUAUGAUAAUGUAUCGAUAAUCUCACGGUCGAAUUAAUCUGGCGUUUGAGAUAUAUAAU